AUUAACACGGAACAUUACGGCGUGGCGAUGAGCUCGAAGAAGCGAAUCUUAAUCCCACUCGUCCUGCUGGGCUGCUGGAUGGCUUUCUCAGGGGCCGAUCCGGACUGUAAGGAACUGCUCGACCGGAGCAACGAGGUAUUCCAAUGCUGCCAGAGUGGCUCGAUCAUUCCGCUGCACGAGGCCAGUGCCGACUGCUACACGCUCGGUAACGGCGAUACCUCGCGCAACCCUUUGAAGGCGUUUGCAUGCGUUACAAAGUGCCAGCUGGAGUCACUGGGCCUCCUGACAGGCGCCGACAUCGAUGAGGAAAAGCUGCUCGAAAAUGCCGGCAAAGUGGACGGUGCGUGGAGGGAGCAGGCGAUUGAGGUGGUCAAGCUGUGCGGUCAAAGGGUACAGAAGCUGAAGGGACGGGGCACGCGCGAGGGGCGCACCAGAGAGUGCGACCCUGCAGCGGGAUUCUUGCUUAUGUGCAUCCUGCACCAAACCAUCGAUUCGUGCCCGGUGGAUCAGUGGCAAGAUUCUGGUAUGUGCAGCAAGCUGAAGACUGGAGAGUGUUUCAAGAGACCCGGUGACGGGUAACCAAGGGCAAGGUCCCAAACUUUGGCCGACUCCGAUGUGCAACGUGUGCAAGAAGCGAAU